AUAUGCUGUUUCUUAAACCCUAAAACCCAUUGUUGUCACCUUGCUCUGCUCCUCGCUUGUUGUCACUUCGCUUAUUCGAAAGCUCAAGCAGAGUUUUGGCACAAAAAUGGCUUGGCGAAGUGGAGGAUCUAUCUCACGCACGCUCAUUUCCGCUGCCAGGGCUCCAUCUCGCGUCUCCUCGCUUCCGCUCCCCCGCAUCCGUCUCCCGCCCACUGCCUCCCCCCGUGUCCAGUCUCGCCGCCUGUCCUUUGCUGCAUCUAGGAACAUGGGAGAACUGGGAUGUCUGCAAUCAUUCUUGCCUCUGCAUAGCAUGGUGUUCACAAACCACCUCACAUCACACCUCAAUGCUAACUUGCGGGCUUUCUGUGAGCUGUCUCACGGUACCUUCCACCGUACUUGUCAGGAUCGCUAGUAGUCUCUUUGUACUUGAAGAGCAAUUGGAUGUGUGCAGCAAAGUACAACAACAUAUUAAGGAAAUCAGAGAGUGGGUGCACCCUGAGGAUCUUGGGCUUUUUAGAUAGGAAUAUCCUUGAUAAGGAUGCCAUGUUUUCAUUAUACUUCAGAGAUUAAUAUUAAAAUUUUAUUUAACCUUUUGGCACAAUCAAAUGGAGGGUUUUACUUGCUAUUAUCAUCUUCUGUCCAGUAUCUGUAAGAUUUUGCCGCCAAUAGCCUUUCGGCCUUUCGUUUAGUUGUUUUGGAUUCUAUAUCUAUCUACCUUUUGAUUCUCCC